AUGUUGCAGGUCAUUGUCCAGUUUGCGAGUGGGAUUCCUAAAAAGAAAAUUGGAAACCCAGAUCCAAUUACUACUGUUCUCUUCAGAGGUGAAAAGAAGAAAACCAAAGCAAUUAACAAUGAGUUGAAUCCAGUUUGGAAUGAAGUACUUCAGUUUGACCUGAAAGGCUCUCCCCUGGAUGCGUCUUCAUACAUCGAUGUGAUUGUGAAGGACUAUGAAACACUUGGGAAACAUAAGUUUAUUGGCGCUGCAAAAAUUUCACUGAGGGAGUUGGCCAUUGGUCAAGUGAGGUCCCUGCCAUCUAAAAAUGUGCCUUUGGUCACUGAGAAGCAGCAAAAUGUCGGGGCAACCAUUAAUUUGGUAAUUGGGUAUGAGUCACCAGCUAAUGCCAACCUAAGUGAUCAAACUAAUGUAGACAACUCAUCAAACAUGGAAGCUGGAAAUAAUGAGGAUGAGGAUGAAGACGAAGAGGUCACGGAGAUAGCCCGUCAGGUUGGAAGAUCAGGAAUACCUGGAAAGCUGAGCCAUAAAUUGCACCGUUUCAGCAGAAAGAGACACAAAAUUCGGGCCAACAAACCUCAAGACUUCCAGAUUCGUAUCCGUGUUGUCGAGGGUCGUCAGCUGCCGGGGAACAACAUAAAGUCAGUGGUGAAAGUGAAUGUUUGUGGACAGACCCACAGGACCAGAAUCAGGAGAGGAAACAACCCGUUCUUCGAUGAGAUGUUUUUCUACAACGUUAACAUGCUGCCUUCAGAGCUUUUUGAUGAGAGCAUCAGUCUUAGGGUUUAUGACUCCUUCUCCCUCAGAGCAGACAGUCUAAUGGGAGAGUUCAAGUUGGAUGUUGGCUACAUCUACAAUGAACCUGGUCAUUCCAUAAUGAGAAAAUGGCUCCUCCUGAGUGAUCCGGAUGAAUCCGGCACAGAGGCCAGAGGGUACCUGAAAGUCAGCAUUAUUAUUGUGGGCACUGGAGAUGAGCCACCGAGUGAAAAGAGAGAGUCAAACGAGGAACAGGAUGACAUAGAGAGUAACCUUUUGGUGCCAGCUGGUGUCACGAUGCGAUGGGCCACUCUGAGCCUCAAAGUGUAUCGUGCAGAGGAUAUGCCACAGAUGGACGAUGCCUUUGUUCAGACGGUGAAGCAAAUAUUCGGAGGGGAUGGGGAUAAGAAGAACUUGGUUGAUCCAUAUUUAGAAGUCCGCUUUGCUGGAAAGAAGCUUUGCACCAAAAUAAUCGAGAAAAACGCCAAUCCAGAGUGGAACCAAGUCAUCAGUCUGCAAGUCAAAUUUCCAUCCAUGUGUGAACGCAUCAAACUGACCAUGUAUGACUGGGAUCGUCUAAGCAAGGAUGAUGCUAUAGGAACAACAUUUUUGAAUUUGAGCAAAAUUUCUUACUCUGGUGGGGAGAUUGAAGAUGCAAGGACUGAAACUUCCAACACAGUCUCUGAAUUGAGCUCCUCGGCAUCAGAGGGGGGAUUUCUCCCAGCUUUUGGACCCUGCUAUGUAAAUCUGUACGGAAGCCCAAGAGAGUUCACUGGCCUGCCUGAUCCUUAUGAAGAGCUCAACUUUGGGAAUGGCGAAGGAGCUGCCUAUAGGGGGAGGGUCCUUAUUGAACUCUCCACUCAGUUGGAUGGAAAAGCUGAUAAGAAUGUGGAUGACAUCUGCAGUGAUGACAUCCUGGUGGCACAGAAAUACCAGUGCAGGAGGAAGUACUCCCUCUGUGCUGUCUUCCACAGUGCGUGCAUGCUCCAAGAGCCGGGUGAGCCCAUCCAGUUUGAGGUCAGCAUGGGAAACUAUGGCAACAAGCUGGAUUCCACCUGCAAGCCCCUGGCGUCCACCACCCAGUACAGUUCUGCUGUGUUUGAUGGUAAUCACUACUAUUACCUGCCCUGGGCGGACACAAAGCCAGUCGUUAUUCUCACGUCGUAUUGGGAGGACAUCAGCCACCGCCUGGACUCUGUCAAUGUUCUCCUCUUUAUUGCUGACCGACUGGAGUCCCAUCUUACUUCUCUGAAGAAAGAAAUCCAGGCCAAAGUGUCUGAGGCACACCUGACCGAGGCUCUGCUCAGACUCAUCAACCAUUUAAUUGAGGACGUGAACAACUUCCAGCUUCCAACACUGGAAGGUCAGCCCAACAUCACAGCCCUGGACCUCCGAAUAAAAAGUCUACGUGAGGCUGCUGUAGCCGGCGUCAGAGAGGCGGCCUGUCAGAUGAGAGAAGAGGCCCUGGAUGUCAAGUCGGCUGUUGGAGACAUUGAAGAGUGGUUGGACAGAAUCAAGCUGUUUGCAGAUGAGGCUCAGAACAGCAUGCCCGAUGUGAUCAUAUGGAUGCUGAGGGGAGAGAAGCGAGUGGCAUAUGCCCGAGUCCCAGUCCACCAGAUCCUGUACUCUAACUACAGUGAGCAGGCUUGUGGCAAACACUGUGGAAAGACUCAGACCGUCUUUAUGCAGUAUCCCAUGGACAAAAACAAAGGGGUGAAGAUCCCCGUUCAGCUGCGCAUCAACAUGUGGCUGGGCCUCUCUGCUCAUGAGAAGGAAUUCAACAGUUUCUCAGAGGGAAACUUCAGUGUGUACGCUGAAAUGUAUGAGAACCAGGCUCAGGUGUUAGGGAAGUGGGGAACCACCGUCCUGGUGGGUCGCCACAAGUUCUCAGACGUGACUGGAAAAGUAAAACUUGAGCAAGAGCGCUUCCUGCCUCCACAAGGAUGGGAAUGGGAGGGGGGCUGGUUUGUUCACCCAUGCCUGCUGACAGAAGCCGACGCCGGGCACACAGAGUUCACAGAUGAAGUUUUCCUCAAUGAAACACGGUUUCCAGGAGGAGAGUGGAAACAUGCUGCGGAGCCUUACACAGACGUGAAUGGAGAAAAGGCUCAGAGCUACAGAGAGUUUGAAUGUCCUCCUGGUUGGAGCUGGGAGGAUGACUGGAGCUUCGACAGCGACCGCGCUGUUGAUGAGAAAGGUUGGGAAUAUGGAGUGACAAUACCCCCUGAUGACAAGCCCAAAUCCUGGGUUGCAGCAGAGAAGAUGUACCACAACCACCGCAGGAAAAGGCUGAGGCGAAAAAGAAGGAAGAUCUCAGAUAAAGUUACUGCAGCCGAGAAAAGAGAGCCUGAGGAAGGCUGGGAAUACUCUUCUCUGAUUGGCUGGAAGUUUCAUAUAAAGAAGCGCUCCUCUGAUACAUUUCGACGCCGGCACUUGAGGAAAAAGAUGGUUCCUUCAGACCACAUUGGAGCCUCCGCCAUCUUUGAACUCGAGGGAGGACUAGGGGUUGAUGUUGAGGAACAGGCCGGUAAAACGGAUGCAGCCAAACCAUUUGGUGCCAACACACCCACCGUUUCCUGCCACUUUAGCCGUUCUUACCAUUACCACCUCAGGGUGUACGUUUACCAAGGGAGAAAUCUCUGUGCAAUGGACAAGGACAGUUUCUCAGAUCCCUACGCUCAUGUGUCAUUUCUGCAUGUGAGCAAGACUACAGAAGUCAUAAGAACCACACUGAACCCCACAUGGGACCAGACUCUUAUCUUUGAUGACAUUGAACUCUUUGGAGACCAACAGACAAUAGCCCACAACCCCCCAGAUGUGGUCUUGGAGCUGUACGACAGGGAUCAAGUGGGGAAGGAUGAACCAAUGGGUCACUGCAUGUGCCCUCCUGUGGUAAAACUCCCAAGUAAAAGCCCCUGUGUGCCUGCCAGUUUGAAACUGCAGUGGUUUCCAGUCACCAAAAAAGGCUGCAGUGCUGGAGAGGUGCUUGCCGCUGCUGAGCUUAUACUAAAGGAGAAGGGCGAUAAUAGAGAUCUGCCUCUAGUGCCUCCGCGGCGGGGGGAGACGCUCUACACGGUUCCUCAGGGAAUCAGGCCAGUGGUUCAGCUUACUGCGAUCGAGGUUCUGACUUGGGGCUUGAGGAACAUGAAGAGCUUCCAACUGGCCACAGUGUCCUCCCCCAGUCUCAUAGUGGAAUGCGGAGGGGAGAUGGUUCAAACGGCUGUCAUCAGAAACUUCAAAAAGCACCCAAACUUUUUCGGAUCUGUGCUGCUGCUCAAAGUGCUUCUGCCUAAAGAAGAGGUGUAUGCCCCUCCCAUUGUAUUGAAAGUUAUUGACCACAGACCAUUUGGCAGAAAACCGGUGGUGGGUCAGUGCACCAUUGACUGUCUGGAGGAGUUUCGUUGCAAUCCAUACCGCCCUAACAGUGACGCCUGCAUGUCAGCCCAAGGGACCAUGAUAACUGCUGCCCAAGGAGAUACGAUCAUAGACAUUGAGGAGGGAUUCAUUUUAAAAACGCAGCUUCAAGCAGCAAAGGUGAGCUUUCGUCCAUUUAGAAAUAAAACAUGCGGCGUAUCUAGACACUGUAAGUCCAUCCUUUUUUCUGAACAGGAGGCAGUAGACUGGUGGAGUAAGUUCUAUGCCUCAAUUGGAGAACAUGAAAAAUGCGGACCUUAUCUAAAGCUGGGAUAUGACAAGCUACAGGUUUACAACACUGAAUUAGAAGAGGUCCAAGAGUUUCAGGGGCUGACUGAUUUCUGCAGCACUUUCAAGCUUUAUCGGGGAAAGACGGAAGAUCCCUCCGUGGUGGGAGAGUUUAAGGGUUCCUUCAGGAUUUACUCUCUGUCUGAUGACCCAGGGGAGCCUGCUCCGCCUCUCCAGUUCAGAGAGCGUCCUGAGCUCGGACCGCAGGAGUGCCUGGUCAGAAUAUAUGUGGUGCGCGGCAUUGACCUGCAACCAAAGGAUACAAAUGGCCUGUGUGACCCGUACAUUAAGAUCACACUUGGGAGGAAAACACUUGAUGACAGAGAUAACUACAGACCAAACACCCUCAAUCCAGAGUUUGGAAGGAUGUUUGAGCUGUCCUGCUUCCUGCCUCUGGAGAAGGAUCUGAAAAUCGCCGUGUUUGACUUUGACUUACUGAGCAGAGAUGAGAAAGUUGGUGAGACGAUCAUUGAUUUGGAGAACAGGUUCCUAUCUUGUUUCAGGGCCUGCUGUGGGCUGCCACAGACAUACUGUGUGUCUGGGGUAAAUCAGUGGAGAGAUCAAUUUAGACCUUCCGAGAUCCUCCAAAAUGUGGCCAAAGAGAAAGAUCUUCCUCCUCCACACAUAGACGAAAAUGGAAGCUCGCUGUCCUUCGCUGGAAAACUAUACCAUCUGCAAGAUUUUGAGGCAAACACUUUGAUCCACCAACACUUGGGACCAGCCAGAGAGCGACUGGCCCUGCAUGUCCUCAGAAACCAGGGAAUGGUACCGGAGCAUGUGGAGACCAGAACCCUGCACAGUUCUCACCAACCAAAUCUGCCCCAAGGACGGAUUCAAAUGUGGGUCGAUAUCUUCCCCAAGAGUCAGGGCCUGCCUGGACCCCCGUGUGUCAUUACUCCUCGCAAAGCCAAAAAAUACUUCCUCCGAGCCAUUGUUUGGAAUACGACCGAGGUCACGCUGGAUGAGACAAGUAUCACUGGAGAAAACAUGAGUGAUAUCUAUGUUAAGGGAUGGAUGCCUGGAAUGGAAGAGGACAAGCAGAAGACUGACGUCCAUUACCGAUCACUGGAUGGAGAUGGAAAUUUCAACUGGAGGUUCAUCUUUGGGUUUGAGUAUCUGCCUGCAGAGCAGCUGUGUGUUGCCUCGAGGAAGGAACAUUUUUGGAACCUGGACAAAACCGAGCAAAGAUUCCCUCCUAAACUAAUCCUCCAGAUAUGGGACAAUGACAAAUUCUCACUUGAUGACUACUUAGGUUCAGUUGAACUUGACCUGCUCAAAUUGAUACCCCCCACCAAGACGCCAGAAAAGUGCAACUUGAAGAUGUUGUCUGGGAAGAUGGGAUCUGUGACAUCCUCUCUUUUCUCCCAGAAGUCUGUGCGGGGCUGGUGGCCAUGUACAAUUGAGAAAGAUGGGAAACAUGUGCUUGGUGGUAAAGUGGAGAUGACUCUGGAAAUAGUGGAAGAAAAAGAAAUGGAGGAAAGACCUUCUGGAAAAGGGAGAGAUGAGCCAAACAUGAAUCCAAAAUUGGAAUCACCCAACCGCCCCGAUACUUCGUUUUUCUGGUUUACAAAUCCUUGUAAGACCAUGAAGUUUAUUGUAUGGCGCAGAUUCAAGUGGGUUUUCCUUGGAUUGAUUCUCCUUCUGCUGAUUCUGCUGUUCCUUGGGAUCUUGUUCUAUUCCCUUCCUAAUUACAUCUCGAUGAAGAUCGUGAAGCCCUUUUCUUGAAAAAAAUAAGGAAAAGGAAUAUAUUUCUGCUGCAAAGCCUACAGUCCUGCUCACAGUUAUUCAUGGUAGCUUACAUAAAAAUGCAUUUUCAUAUUACUGGUAUCCAUUUCCUUUGUUAAAGUGACACAAAAUGUUAUAUAUAAGUUGAAUUUAUAGUAAUGUGGAAAUCUUUUUUGGUUUGU